GUUUACACCUGCUCUGUCACAUCUUGUCCCCCUUCGCCCCUCAGCCCUGUUCUUUCUGGUUUUUUUCCCUUGGCUUCUCCUCUUUUCUUCCCUUCCCGAAACCACGCGCCAUCUCAACUCUCACGGACAAAGCCAACAUGACAGCUACAGGAGCCACUCCAACGCACCAGGCUUUUCGCGUUCGCGCCGAGGGACCAUCCAAUGUAACCGCUCCUGUCGACAUUCGCCUGGAAUUUGACAGUCGGAUUAACCAGUAUAUUGUCCGAUGGAGCGAAAUCCAACGAGUCUUCGAGAACCCCCGGUAUAUCGUUCACGGUAACGAAACCAUCUCUCUCGUUAUCGAUGAGAAUUUGAACGAACUGACACCGCCUCGGAUUGUAGCUCGCCCCGAUGUGGUCCUGGAUGUAGUCCUGGAGCACUUUAGCUCUCCCGGCUCCCCAGCUUCAGUCUCGGGUACAUUGCUGAGGAGACACGCAUCGACGGCAGGAACGACGGAGCAUUUGUCAUACACACCGCCCACUCGACGUUCGCUUCAACCCUCCUUGCGGCGCUCACCUGAACAGGCCGUGCAGACAUCUCUUAACGUUGCCCUGGCCGAUAUCAAACGUCCUAUCACCCCAGGGGCCAGUUUCAGCCAUCCUGGCAACUAUCCUUGGGCAUACUCUGAGAACCAUCCAUUGGUCCUUACCAGUGGAUGGGAAGGCUUGCAAUACAACGUCGCGGAUCCUGACACGCCACUGGUCAACGCUUAUGCAGUCAGCUUUACACAUCAAAACUACCCUCUCGUCGAUUUUAGCAGGGGCAGCGAUGUUGAUGCCGCCGCCAGGCAUGAUACUCCAUCUCUUCGUGCGGCCCGAGAGAUGGCGGUCGUUAACACUAGUCGGGCAAGGACCUGGACUUCAGCGCAUCCAACACCGGAGCAGGUGCAUGCAGUCAGUGUUAUAACACAGGAGAAUCCAGCAGCAACACAACAGCCCCAAACAUAUGUCGAUAGGUCUGAACUGCCUCAUAUCGUGGAAUAUCUGACGCAGGUGAAUUCCUUGAGAUGGCACGAGGCACCGAUGCCGCGACUAUUCAUUGUGAUGCCACGCGUCUUUUCCGAGGUGCUCGAUCUAACUCGAGAUACAUUCCGUCUCUUCUGGAUGUGCGAGUACAUGGGUGAUCCUAGCGAGAGCGAAGACCUACUUAAGCCUACCAUCAUACCUCACAUGGACCUUCACCAAGGUUUUGAUCUUGAUCGGCCAGCCGAGUUCUUCAUGAAAUAUAGGCCUCAUCUCCUGCGUAACUUUCAAGUGUUCAUGUACGACCUCUACUGGAAUCCCUACAGAGGCAAGUCCUCUAAAGUAGGGACAUCGAACGAGCCAGAUAUCCGUUACGAUCAAGCCAUCCGGCAUUUGCAGGGAAUGCUCAAUAUGACCGAAGAGCAGGUCGAGCAAAGUCUGAGCAUGGUCCUCAGUCAUCUUAUGACGCUGUCUUCUGCGGCCCCGGACGUUGCAUCAUCAAGGCGGAGUAUCCUUUCGUUCUCAGCGCCAAAGUGGUCCAACAACCCUCCCCAGCUCACCCCACAGGACUUUGCUCAACUACAGUCGUUUUUGUUGAAACCUGGCACAAAAAGGACAGGAGCCGAGAAUGUGGGCAAUCUAUACCGGUCCGUCGAUAUUAAUGGCAACGUGCACUGGGUCUGCCUCGCCCACCUUCAUGCUAUCUACCCAUACAGUCUCUUCGGUCAAACGUUCAUGCGGGAUACUGAGGCGCUCUGCGGGACUUACAACGCUCACAAGGGUCAGAUCGCCGCUCGACCUAGGUCGGGACUCCAGGCACGGAUUCUCUAUGCGAUUUUGAAAUCGAGCCCUGGAUUCGUACCCGAGAUCUUUCUUGACAUCGGAAAGGAAUGGACCAUAAGUGACCUGGGCUACAUGUGCAAAGUCGUCACCGAGUCCAAGGCUACGAGUCUCAAUCUUACUGGACCAGCCGAUUACCUUGCGUCCCGCGCCAGCUCCGAACUCUUGCUUCAGAUCCUGAUGAACGAGCAGAUACAAUCCUUCAGCAUGGAGAACGCACAGGGGCUUUUGAAGCAUGCACCUCCGAUCAUGCUUCAAAGUGGAGCAUUCAAGAGUCUACAAAGCUUACGUCUCACGCUCGAUACCGAUGGUCAGGCUGCUACUGUACUGCUCUAUCUGCACAAGGUUAUUAACUGCUCGCCUUUUCUCGAAGACCUGAGCAUACGCUGGGACGAGUUGGAGACUGAACAAAACAUAGAAAUAUUUCUGUCGAACCUGACCAACCGAUCAACGCCUCUCGCUGUCAACUUGAAGGUUAAGGGUCAGGACGUCUCUUUGACCAUCAACAAGGGCGACAUUGGUGAUAUCAGUCUGGAAGUUGCGGAUCUUUCUUGGGCCUACAACAAUACUCUAAUUUCCCAAUAUCAAGUUGAGACAUUAAGAAUCAUGGCUCGGAUUGUUUUCUCUGACCCCGAUACGGAACCAAGGCUGCGAUGGGUUCUCUCGCACAGUUCGGCUUUGGUUAAGCUGACGCUGACCUGUUGUGCGCUCGAUUUCCGACUUGUGGAGGACAUGAUCAGGAGAGUUACGGGAGAACUACCAGCAGAUUGUGGUCCUCAAUGGUUGGUCCUAAGAGAGACUGAGGACGACAACAUCCGAGCCAUUUUUCCGCUCGCCUCACCUCAGGGCGAUUCCGCGCAGGUUGAUAUCACGGUUUAUGAGCACGAUAAAGGUCUAGAGUCGUUGCUGCAGACGUAUGGUUCCGUGGUCCGCACGUUCAACACAACUCAUACCUCUGGACAAAGCCAAUUGAAGUUUCUAUACCAUGCCAUGCGUUUGAAGAAAGAGACUUCCCAACUGGCGUCUAUGAUGAUCGCCCUGAAUUGCGGGAAAUGGCGCGCGUACGAACCUCUGAAGGGGAUUUUCGAGAUCUGCAGCGGCACCCUGAUGCAGUUGACUUUGGUCGGAUUUAUGGAGCGUCAGGAAGAUGAAGUCUUGUUUCUGGAGACCUUGAAGUCAUACGGAGGUCGGCAAUUGAUUAUUUCCAAGACGAGACAGCCCCUAACACCCCCGGGUCCUCCUCAAGUACUCCGAAGAGGGAAUACGUCGUUUUUUAACAGUAGGUUUCGUAGCGAUAGCAACGGCCAAGGUACUGCUCAGUCUAGAGACUUGGAUGCGGUGAUGCAACGGUGGAUUGCGAAGAUUAAGGAGAAACUUCCGCGUGUGGAUCUUAAAGUCGUUGACGACUUCGAGGCACUUUGUGAUAUCGUGCCUGGCGUUACAAGAAACAGUUUUACACGGCUGCAGCGAACGUAGUUUAUUUUAUUGCAAAUGACAAUAGUUAGGAGAUGCGGAGCAAACAUUAAAG